GAGGUCACUUGUCUCCAAAGAGCCCAGAGUGACACUCCAAGCACAUGACUGGCUCUAUUGGAAAAUCUGCUGGAACAUUAACUUACCAGGAAUGAGCCACUCACGGAGUGAUGGGUGAUGACGGUUCCAUUGACUACACGGUUCACGAAGCCUGGAACGAAGCCACCAAUGUGUACUUGAUAGUCAUCCUUGUUAGUUUUGGUCUCUUCAUGUAUGCCAAGAGGAAUAAAAGAAAAAUUAUGAGGAUAUUCAGCGUCCCACCUACAGCAGAAACUUUGUCAGAACCCAACUUUUAUGACACCAUCAGCAAAAUUCGUUUAAGACAGCAAUUGGAAAUGUAUUCCAUCUGCGUAUUUUCCUUCGCGGAUCAGAGGGAAAUGAAAUGGUUUGCAAAGCAAGUAUUGAGCGAGGGCUUCUGCAAGGCGUUAGGAGGAGCGCAAAGAAAACCAGCAUGGACCAGUGCAGCCAGAGGCUGGGAAUCUGGAAAUAAUACCUCACCAGCAGAGCAUCUGGAUCGAAUAGGAGGGUGUUUCUGGUGAGGGGUGACUCGAUGCUCCUUGGCCCACGGCAUUCAUUCCUCAUCCUCAAUACUCCCUCAGAGGAUGCCACUCAAUUCACUGUCCAUCUGCUGCAACUACAUCUUCCCCCAAAUCUACAUCUCCAGUUAGAUCGAUCCUAUGCACGUGCUUAUAUUGCAUUGUGGGGUCCCAAAGCCAGCUCAGGCUCGACAUGUCCCAAACCAAGUUCAAAAACUCCUCCGUUCCACAUCCGUUCAUCCUCUGUUGGAAGGCACCACUAAGCACAUGCGAGUCAUUUUGACUUUUCCUAACGCAGAUAGGGCUUGACUCUCCCCCUUUCCCUAUCUUUACUGCAACUGUUUCAUCUACUCCUCUGGACCCCGUUGUAUUAGCCUAGCCAGGUGCUCCUGCCUCUAACUUGUUCACCUCAACCCUAUCCUUCAGUAGAUAACAAUGACCCACAGGAAACGAAGUCAAUAAAAAGUUCUUCCAGACGGCAGCCAAGGCCUUGCCAUCUGUGUUAGUGGAUUAGUGUAUCUGUGUACAUUAGAGAAACAAAUCCACAGAAACUCAUGGAUAAGAGUGAGUUUUAUAUAAAGUUUAA